AUGUCCAGAGGGCCUGUCAUCCUCUGGCUGCUGAGGGAGCUGUGGUGGCUUUAUCUGACGCCAGCUGCAGCGCAGACUGUUGUGACAGGAUACUUGGGCCAGCCGGUGACUUUGCCCUGCAUGUACGCAUCAUGGUCUCGCAGCAGCCACAGCAUGUGCUGGGGCAAAGGCUUGUGUCCCAAAUCCAAAUGCAACGAGGAGCUUCUCCACACCGAUGGGACCAGGGUGCUCUCCCGGAAGUCGUCAAGAUACGUGCUUCUGGGGAGCAUCGGGAGAGGCGACGUCUCCUUGACCAUCUUCAACACCAACGAAGGUGACAGCGCUGCCUACUGCUGCCGCAUAGAGGUGCCUGGCUGGUUCAAUGAUGUCAAGAAGAACAUUGUCCUGAGGCUAACGAGAGCCCCAACAACCACCCGGCGCCCAACCACCCGGCGCCCAACCACCCGGCGCCCAACUACCACCACUACCACCACCACCACCACCACCACCACCACUGCUAUGCAAACAACCGCAGCUGUGUUUCCAACGACAGUCAUGACUACACCUGACCUCACAACCAGAACACCACUUCAGACAAGUACCACCACUGCCCUCACAACAAUGACAACCACGUGCCCAUGGACAACACCAAGCUCCCUUCCUGAGGCAACCACAAUUCUUCUGACCACUGUGCCUUCCACCGAAGGAUCCACCCUCACUGCAGAAUCAGAAACCUCCCUUCUUCCUGAGGUAACUUCUGAGGACAGUUCUUUAUUCACACCCAAAGGAAAAAUAGACAUUUCCUCUCCUUUUUCCUACCCAGCCCCUGAGACGACAAUUCGUGGAGAAAAUGAAGUUGAAACAGAACAGUUGAGCGGGGUGGACAGCUCCUUCCUUGCGAAGAUCAUUGCUCCCUCCCUGGGAUUUGUGCUGUGUGCAUUAAUUGUAGCGCUUCUACUUCGAGGGAAAGUCAGGAAAAUCAAUUGCUUCCAGAAACACACAAGGCUACACAACGCUGGAGAAAGUAAAAACGUCCUCAAUGACCUACAGCAUGGGAGAGAAGAUGAAGACGGUCUUUUCACACUAUAACGUGCCACAUUUUUUUAGAAUGGAGGACAGGGGUAGGAUGUGUGAAUUGUCACAAGUCUUAGAAUGUCUGUUUGUUUGCUUUUAAAGCCCCAUCUAUUCCAUUGGUGUCAUUGAGCUAGUCUUGCUUUAGUUUCACAAGUGGAAGGCACAUGAGAGACCACACCUUCUCUGCCCAGUGCUUUAUCUCCUUCCCAGCAUCACUGCUAAGUGAUCUUUCUCACUAUGUUUGAAUACUUUCAGUGAUGAUGAGCUCACUGCCACACCCAGGGGAGCCCAUGCAAUCUCAGGGCAGUUCUGAGACUUAGAAAUCUAUAAAGCAAAGUCUAUCUCCAGAUAGCAUCUGCCUGUCAGUCCUCAUUGAACUCAUGGUGCUCACACAGAACACGUCUAAUCUCUCCUCUACGUGGUAGUGUUGCAGAAGACCAAGAAGACCAAGGACACUUCUGAGGAAGUUGGAGGGACACUGUUUAAUAACGUCAGCGGACUCAGGGAACAGCCUUCCAAAUCUGAGUGAAGGAACACGCAUGGGACCCUCCCUUAUAUCUCCCUCCCUGUGAUCUUUGUCCCACAAGCAUGGAUUAUGCUUCCGGUCCUUUUCUCUCGGGCCUUGCAAGAAGGCCCCCAGGUGUUGGGGGUCUCCAGGCCAUAUCCGGUGGUCUGGCCUGGUGUCAGAGUUAGGAGCCCUCCCUCUGGGCAGUGUACUGUCCACAGUCCAAUGGCCUCUCUAACUGGUUCUGCAAGACCAGUAUCUGGGAAAGAGGUAGUGACUUAAUCAUAGGUUAUGAGGAAUGUACACUGAGCUUACUGGCUUGGAUUCAGAUAACUAGCCCCAAAUAUCAGGGUUACAUUGGAAUUAGCCCUUUUAGCCUCCUCAGUAGUGCUCCAGGUACACCGGACCCUAUGUCUCUGGAAAUUACCUUGUUUCUGGGACAUGAUUUCUGGUCCCUCCCCUCCCGUAGUUGACUUCGCUGCGGAUGCAUUUGCAUCUCUCCUUUUGUGCCCAACUGUCAGCAUUGAGUGCCCCACUCCAGGGAUGGUGUGAGCAGCCCUGGGUCUAUGCUUCAUCAAUAAUGCAGCAACUGAUGUCAUCUCCAAAACUCCUUGGUUUUCUAUUAUUUUCUGUUCACAUUUGAGUGUCUUUAGGGGUGACCAUGGUGUCACAUCUUAAUUCUUGCUUGGGGAAUUUAAUUUUGGGAUCAAGAGUCCAUCAGAGCAAAAUGCAGUGAGUGACGUGGACAUUCAACCAGGGCCAACGCAUGAUCUGACUGUAAGGCAACCCAGAUUAAACACAGU